AUGACGGUUGACGUCGAGAGGAGAAUCGGCGAGGCGAAGAUCGCGAGCCGGGAGGUAUACCAGGAGAGGUUCUGGACUCUCUCCGUUACCAAGGUGGCAAAGUUUAGCAUCACGGACGUGGCAUUCACCGAGGAGGAUGCCAACGGGGUCCAUUUCUCCCAUAACGAUGCCUUGGUGGUAGAGGUAAUUAUUGGAAACCACACCGUGUGCAGGAUCCUGGUGGACAACGGGAGCUCGAUGGAUAUUCUAUACACCGACUGCUUUGGAAAAAUGGGAAUUCCAAAAGAACAACUUGAGAAAACCACCCGACCGUUGUUUGGAUUCACGGGCGACUCGGUCAUCCCCCAAGGAACAAUCCGAUUGCCCAUCACCGUGGGAGAGAGACCCAGGCAGGCCACCACAGUGGCAAACUUUGUUGUGAUAAAGGGGGGCUCACAGUAUAAUGCUGUAAUUGGAAGGCCGACCCUCCAGGCACUAAGGGCAAUAACCUCCGUUUAUCACCAGAAGCUGGCGAAAGUCCAGGUGGAUAAGCAUGAAUCGAUAAGGGUACUGAAAAUAGGGUCAGACCUGCCGCCGGCGCUCAAAAUCGAGGUCGAGGAAUUCCUGAGGAAAAAUCUGGAUGUGUUCGCCUGGACGCAUGCGGACACGGUAGGCAUCGACUCCCAAGUCAUAUGCCACGCUCUGAACGUCGACCCUACUUUUUCCCCAAAAUGUCAAAAGAGCCGACCAAUGAACCCAGAAAGCAACCUCAACAAGGCUUGCCCAAAAGACAGUUUCCCACUUCCACGAAUAGAUCAGAUGGUUGACACCACUGCUGGGCAUGAGCUGCUGAGUUUCAUGGAUGCCUACUCCGGCUACAACCAAAUUCUGAUGCAUCCAUGUGAUUAA